AUGGAAGUUGCCCCAACCAAAACCCACAUAACCCUCCUAACCAGCCCCGGCAUGGGACACCUCAUCCCAGUCCUCGAACUCGGCCAGUGCUUCGCCGUCCACCACGGCUUCCUCGUCACCAUCUUCGUCGUGACCACUGACGCCUCCACCGCCCAGCAGCUCCCCCACUACUCCUCCUACCGAGACCUCCUCAAUAUCGUCUUCCUCUCGCCGGUCGGCGUCUCAGACCUAGUCACCGACUCAAUGGCAAUCCUCUCGCAACUGGUCCUCAUAAUGCGCCACGCGAUGCCGAUCCUCCGCGCAGAGAUUGCUGAACUGAAGCCACGCCCCUUGGCCCUUGUGGUUGACCUCUUCGGGACCGAAGCUUUCGAGAUAGCUGACGAUUUCGGCAUGUUGAAGUACGUGUUCAACACCACUAAUGCAUGGUUCCUUGCCCUGACAUUAUAUUAUCCGCAUCACGAUGAAACCAGCAAACACGACCAUGUCUAUCUCCAUAAGCCGCUGGACAUCCCAGGAUGUGCGCCGCUCGAGUACGAAGGCACGCUUGACCUGAACUCACGACCGGACGACCGGGUUCUUCAGGAAGAUUAUGCGAAGAUGGGGCUCGACAUGGCAAAGGCUGAUGGGAUAUUGGUGAACUCCUGGGAGUGUUUGGAGCCCAGGACGUUGAAAGCACUGAGAGAUCCGAACUUGCUGGGCAGGUUCAGCUCGGUCCCGGUCCACCCGGUUGGCCCAUUGAUUCGGCCGGUCAACCCGGUUGAAAAUUUUGUCUCCAGGAGCAAAGUGCUUGAUUGGCUGGACCUGCAACCCGCCAGGUCGGUGCUUUACGUGUCGUUUGGCAGUGGUGGGACUCUAUCGGCUGAUCAGCUCACCGAGCUGGCUUGGGGCUUGGAGGUGAGCCAGCAGAGAUUCGUUUGGGUGGUGCGGCCACCCAUCGAGAGCAGCUCGUUCGGGUCGUACUUCCGUCAGGAUAAGAGGACCAAGGACGGGACGCCGGAUUACCUCCCCGAUGGUUUCGUGAGUAGGACACGCGAGGUGGGCCUUGUGGUGGAGAUGUGGGCCCCGCAGACCGAGAUCCUGGCCCACGAGUCGGUCGGAGCAUUCCUGUCGCACGGCGGGUGGAACUCGAUACUGGAGAGCGUGGUCAACGAGGUGCCCAUGAUAUGCUGGCCACUCUAUGCGGAGCAAGGCAUGAAUGCGGCCAUGCUUUCCGACCACCUUGGCAUGGCCACUCGUUCGAGGGAGGUGGGGCCCGGCGGGGUGGUCGAGAGGGAGGUGAUUAAGGAGAUGAUAAGGAGGGCGAUGGAGAAGGAUCAGGAGCCCGCGAAGUUCGUGAGGGCAAAAGUGCUGGAGCUCAAGCGCAGCGCGGAAGCGGCUCUGGCUAAGGGUGGCUCGUCCCGCGGCUCACUCGAGCAAGUGGCUAAGGAGUGCGAAACGGGCCUGAGAGAAACGGCCCGUGGGGCUUAG